UUUCCCUUUUCCCUUUUUACUUGCAUUCUUUAUUUGAGCUCUGUGGUUUUUAUUUGAUUUUUUUUUUUCUUUCUCAGUCUUAAAACAUGUCACAAACUAAAGAUACGAUAGAAUUGGAAGGUAAGCUUCAAACAAGGAGAGCAGGCAACAGGUCGCCGCAGGCAGCUUCGCCAAUAAUGGAAGAUAUAAAAUCACCCGCUUCUCCCUCAGCAGUGCACAAAAAUUCAGAAGAGCCACCGCAACAAGAAGCAGGAGCGACGACAGCCACUCCUUCGUCCACGCCUGCUUCAGCCAGUGGUGCGAUCAGAGUGACGCGAUCGCAAUCUGUUGAAUCGAAUGGUUACGAAACAACGGACUCGAGAAAGCGGAAGCGAAAAGCAGCGAGCAAAAGCAACACAAGCAACAAAAAAAGAGCUGAAUCACAUUCCUCAGCAUCGUCCAAUCAAAUUAAUAAUAGCAACGGUAGUAGUAACAGUAAUAAGUCAACGAGUGCUUACAACAGUCAUCAUGACAACGAGCGUGAAACAAGAACAUCGGCCUCUCGACAACUCAAAGGGGCCAAAGAAGCCAAAAAAGCCGAGAGAGAAGUGAUUAUUAAAGAAAGACUACGACAAUUGGAAGAGAUUGAGCAAGCUGUCAAGAGCGGAACACAUGCUGAAUAUCAUAAAUUGUUACAUGAUAUUGAGUCGAAAAGGGCAAAAAUGCUAAAGAUAGCAGAAUUACGAAGAUCGUUUGCAGAAGGAAAUGUACUCAAUUUCUUCAAUUCGCAGAAAUAUGCAGCCUAUUCUCAAUAUUAUUGGGACAAGUUAGCUCUCCGACGAUCUUUGAUACAUCAAGUACAGCAAAAGAUUAAUUUACUUGAACAAGAAUAUUACUCAAAUCACGUUAAAAGCUCUUUAGAUGAUGAGCAUCUAUCGGAAUGGGUGCCUCCUGACAGACCGUCUAUGAUCAGUUCUUUAACUAUAGGUUUAACUGAGGAGGACGCAGAUAAUGAUGUAGAGCAAGCUCGGCAAGAUCCCAACGGGGGAUAUUACCCACCCUAUGCUAACCCAUCAUUUCAACAGCAAUCGUACCAAUACACAUAGCAACAACAACAACAACAACAGCAACAAGAGCAACAAGAGCAACAGCAGCCAGAGACUCAUGCACAUCAGCCUCACCCACCUUCGUCAUUACUACCACAACAGCCACCUUUGUCAUACCCUACUAUGUCUUCCUCUCAUAAACACCCUAGCCACUAUAGACAAUAUCCAAAGGACACUGAUAGCAACAACAAGCAUUUCAGUCCUCCUCCGUUUUCCUCCCAUCCUC